AUGUGGUCCUUCUUUGGCGGUGCUUCGGCACAGAAGAAGAAAGAUAUCCCUAAAAAUGCCAUCCUCUCUCUUAGGGAGCAGCUUGAAAUGCUGCAAAAGCGAGAAAGGCAUUUGCAAAAUCAGAUGGAUGAACAAGAUGCUAUAGCAAGGAAGAAUGUAACGACGAAUAAGAAUGCUGCCAAAACUGCUUUGAGGCGAAAGAAGCUCCACGAACGAUCGCUUGAGCAAACGAGUGCUCAGAUCCUACAGCUUGAACAGCACAUAUAUUCCAUCGAGUCCGCAAAUAUCAAUCAAGAGACGUUUAAUGCAAUGAAGAAUGCUAAGGCUGCCAUGGAACAAAUACACAAAGGUCUCAACAUAGAAGUCGUUGAUCAGACAAUGGGUGAACUGCAAGAGCAACACGCUCUCAGCGACGAGAUUGUCAACGCCAUUACCAACGCUCCUAUCGGCGAACCUAUUGAUGAGACUGACCUUGAAAAUGAACUGGAGGGCAUGGAACAGGAGCAGAUUGACAACAAGAUGAUAGGAACUGGAACAGUACCAGUUGGAGACAGAAUUGAUAGGCUACCUUCUGUAGCAAACGGAGCCAUCAAAGAGAAGCCCAAGGCUAAGGAGGAAGAUGACGAAGAGGCCGAAUUAGAGAAAUUAAGAGCCGAGAUGGCUAUGUGA